AUGGCAGGGAACAAUGAAGAAGACAAUCCACUCAUGGACACUAUCCUGACGCCAUUAUUUAACAGGCCCAAUUCAAGUAUUGUCUAUCCUGAAGUUGGCAACAAUAAUUGGGAGCUCAAAUCUGAUAAUAUUCGUUUGGUGGAGAGAGCUCAGUUUGGUGGAGAGGAUGAUGAAGACCCUCAUAGAUUCGUAAACAGAUUCCUGAUGAUCUGUGACUCGACUAAACAUCCUCAAGUGUCCAAUGAUACAGUUCGGCUGAGACUGUUUCCUUUUGCUCUUAAAGGAAAAGCUUUGAAUUGGUUGGAGAGGCAGCCUGCGAGAAGUAUUCCUUCAUGGGAGAAUUUAUCAAACAAGUUCUUUGCGGAGUUUUUCUCGAUGGAAAGAUACAAUCAAAUGGUGAAUGAUAUCACAAAUUUCACUCAAGCUAAGGGUGAAACUAUGUGUGCAGCCUGUAACCGGUUCAAAGAUCUAAUGAGGAGGUGUCCUCAUUACCCCAUGACCAAUGGUGAUCAGGUCCGGAUCUUCUUCAACGGUUGUAAACCAGAAAUCCGGAUGGUUCUGAAUGGUGCAGCAGGUGGUAGCAUUAAGUCAAUGAGAGCAAAUGAGACUCUUGAAUUGAUUGAAAGAAUGGUUGCCAAUGAAAAUGAAGGGUUGUCAUCUAAGCUUAAGAGAGGCAUUCUUCACCUAGACAACAGUGAUUCAGCAUUGGCUGAAAAUAAAUUAUUAUCACAGCAUAUGGCGAAUUUGACAUCAAGGCUUGAUAAAAUGCAGUUUUCUAGUGUCCAAGCUAAAGCUGCUUCAUUUAUUUGUGAAUACUGCAAGGAAAGCCAUGAUUCUAAUGAAUGUCCUACCCUACUGUCUGAUGAUCCUCCUCAACAGGUGCAAGUAAAUGGUAUUUGGUAUGACCAAAGACCUUUGCCACCAAAUAUUCCAAGGAAUCAGAAUUAUCCUUCUGGGAGUAAUAAUUUUCAGAGGAGGGUGCAGGGAACUGGUCUGAACUUCAAGUCUAAUAAUUAUUUGCAGCCUCCACCAGUUCCAGCUAAGGAACCUUCUGAUUUGGAGAAGCUAGUAGGACAAAUGGCCCAACAUUCUAAUGCGUUUAUGGAAGAGACUCGGGCAAAUACCAAGAAUACACAGGCUUUCAUCCGAAACUUGGAGAGUCAGAUAGGCCAGUUGUCUAGGCAGUUAGCUGAAAGGUCUCAAGGACAGUUCCCAACUGAUACAAUUAUGAAUCCAAAGGAGGAAUGCAAGUCCAUUGUGACAAGGAGUGGAAUUGUGAUCACUCCUCAAGAAAAGCCGAAAUCAGUUCUGCCAAAGAAAGUUGAUGAGCCAACACCUGAGCUGGAGCAUGAAAAAGAAGAACCUACAAGGCAAGACAAAGAAGAAGCAAAGGAGAAAGAUAAGAAGUUCCCACCAAAGCUUCAAGAUCCUGGGAGUUUCAACAUCCCAAUUGCGGUGGGCAACACUAAUGUUGGUCGGGCACUAUGUGAUCUCGGAGCAAGCAUCAACUUGAUGCCAUUAUCAAUAUGCAAGUCAUUGGGAAUUACUGAGUUGAAGCCAACCAUGGUCUCUCUACAACUCGCUGACCGCUCUUUGAGGAGACCUAAUGGAAUCAUAGAAGAUGUUCUUGUUAAAGUUGACAAAUUCAUCUUCCCGGCUGAUUUCAUCGUGCUAGACAUGGAGGAAGAGAGUGAAAUGCCCCUUAUGUUGGGUAGACCGUUCUUGGCCACAACUUGA